AUGAGCCACACAUUCGACGACCAAACCCACGGCGCAGACAUCACCCGUCUGUUCCCUGAACAGGCCACUGACACCCGCAGUCAUCCUAGCAGGCCUAAAAGAGGCGACCUAGCCGCCUCAACGGCAGAUGCCCUUGCUGCCGCCGGCGCGGCAACAUUAAUUUGCACUGGCCACUGCAAGUCCGAGAUCCAGCACGUAAUCGACCACAUCAGCCGCAAAUACAAGAAAGUGAACAUGGUCUUCGUCACAGCGGACACAAGUAGUCUGGCCUCCUUCCACGAAGCAGGACGCACAAUUAAGAAAAUGGGCCUGCAGAUUGACGGGUUUAUCGGAUUUCCCUCUGUGAUGGCUGUGCCGUGGGAGAUGACGGGUGAUGGGCAUGAGUCGCAUUUCCAGCGCAACUAUCUGUGCUAUUUCUUGCUUGUUAAUAUAUUGCUAGAUGACAUGGUGCAUGGGUCGAGGGUCGUUCUUGUGACGUCUUGUGUGCGGACUGAGGCGCCAGCGCCGACGUGGGUUGAUGUCCGGUUUUCGAAUGGAGAAGACUAUCAUUGUCUGGAAGGAUACUCGCAGUCCAUGCUGGCGAUGAUCUUGUUCGCCAAGUCUCUAUCGAAGAUGUGUGGGGAUCGAUCUAUUGCCGCGUUCUCGGCAAAUCCAGGGAAUACCAAGACCAAUGUGCAAACAUAUAUCUCCAUGGAUCAAAUGGAGUCGUGGCUAGAACGGAAGAGAAUAGAAGGCGAAGAGAUACCGGUUUCUCUGCAGCAAACGCCGAAAUCUCUUGCUCAGGGCAGUGCGACGAUACUGCGUGGAUUGCUUGAUCCGGAUCUACAAGAAGAGUCUGGAGCCUUUUUAAACCAUUGCCAGGCUCUCAAAUUACCACAUCUUGACUUCCCGGCUGGCGAAGAAAGUGCUCAGGCAUUAUGGAGGCGCAGUCAAGAAUUCCUCGGGGCGUUUCUGUGA